AUGAAAUCUAUCAUACUUUCAGCAGUCACACUUCUGGCCUCUGUCGCCUUAGUGGAUGCUGACACAACGACUGCGACUUCAACCUCUUCGACAUCGUCAACUACUACUACAACAUCCGCUACGGUAGCAACGACGACCACAGGAUGCGCCGCCCAAAAUAUCGUCGACACUUGUCUCGAUACUACUGAGAGCUACGUAAGCCUCUGCGGUACAACAGACUACCAGUGUCUCUGUGACAAAUGCUUCAACAACUGCCCCAACGACCCCCGAGGACCGAGCUACACGCAACAGAGGGAUAGUUACUGCCAAACCGCCAGCCUCUACGCCACCACCUCCGGAAAUCUCACGAUGAGCCGGACCAUCACUCCCACCUCGGUCCCGGCUGCCACGACGUCCACCAACGUCAUCAUAAAAUCCAUGGACGCAUCCGGAACCGCGGCAGCCACCGAGAGCGGGAACGACGCACAGGAGCGGAUCACCCGCGUCGGGGGCAUGCUCGCGGGUGUUGCCGGCAUCGUGGCCGUUUUCCUAUAG